AUGUCAAUGAAAACACCUCAUGAUGUCAACAAUCUGUCGGAAAUGCAGGUCAAAGCGUUCGGUGCUAAACUUCACGACACUGACAUAUUUGAAGGACCUGAAACUUUUGUAGGGAAGCGAAACAUGAAAAUGGAAAAUAGUUUUACGGAAAAUUUCACUAAUAGAAAACACGUAAGACCAAAUUUUUCUUCAUCCAUAUCGUGUCCUGAAAUACUCACGGAUGAAUCUCACUCAAGCUAUACUCAUAAAAGACGAUAUAAUUCUGAAAGUACACCUUUUCUUGGUAACAGUUCAGAUGAACGACUUUCUGUAUCUUUACAAGAAGACAAAUUUAGGAUUGGAGAAGACGAGAACGGAAAAGGUAAAAGUCUCUUUUUGAGAAAUUGGUUGCAAUCUCUAGAUGAAGAUGGUUAUCAAGGAAACACCUCCAAAGGAAACCUGAAAUCUGGUUGUUCGAAAGGGGAUAGCAGUGUCACUGUGCAUUGUGCAUCAGCUAGUCAUAUGAAUAAUAAAGUACUAUUAGAGGUCGACGUAGAUUUAUUUAAAUCCUCUAAUGAACCAGUAGAAAUGUGUUUACCUAUAACUACAUCUAAAGGAACAGAGACUGCUGUGAUUACCAUGAAACUUGUAGAGACUACUGAAUCCGAUCAUAGUUCUCAAACGAGGAGAAAUAGUUUAAGGUUGCCAUCUGAAUCUGGAAUCGGUACCUUAACAGGUUCUCUGACAUCAUCCAGGCGGUCUAGUUCCGGUUCCAAUUGUGACAGACGUCUAUUAGAUUUUAGAAGUGAACCUCCUAGUCCCGAGAACAGUAAAGGAAGACACCAUUUGAACUUUGUUAGGCAAAUGGAUUUACAUGCUGAUCAGAAUAGUUUCAAAUUUAUUGGUAAUCUAGUGAUUCCUUCAGUGACUGUUAGUGAUUUCUCUGAAUUGGAACAUGGUGAUGAAGAUUUAGGUGGAACAUUAGCUUAUGACGAUAAGAAUAAAUGGUUGUCUGUAUCCUCGGGGUUAGAUCCCGAUUCAGAUGAAUCCAGCUUAUCCUGUUUUGAUCUCUCUAGCACAGAUGAUGAAAUGAAAGAAAUUAAACCACAAAGAAAAGCAGUGAGUAGAUUUUUAUUAUCACAUGAUGUGAUUCUGUGUUUUCAACUCUUCUUUAUUUUCCGGGUCAAAUAA